CCUAUUAUAUUCCUCAAGCCAGGAUUCCUCCUCACACGCAGCUUUCCAUUUCUCAACCUUGUCAAGAAUUUCCUUCCUGCUAAAAGCUUCUUCCUUCACAUUAGCAACUUGAAAUUCAAUCUGCUCCAAGAGACUUCCAGGGUCUACUUGUCCUGA